CAUUACGCAUGCGCCCUACCAGCAGUUUUGUGUUCAUCUGAAUCAGUUCGUACUUGUCUAUGAAAUUAAUUCAUAUGACUCACUUAAAAGAGAUUUAAAAAAAAAAAAGAUUUGGUCACCUCACCAGAGAUGUGAAAUAAACGAGGUCUAAGGCAGUGCGUUGUCUCGCAUUGUCGGUUAUUAUUGUGAAUUAAAGCACUAGUGUUGCUGUAUAUUGGACUGUGCAAUUCUUGCUAUAAUCAAGUCCAGUUGCCUCAGCCACGCUUAUACAAAUAGUGGUGCAAGGCAAUUGCAACAGAGAGAGGAAUUUUACUCGGCAUUAGUGGAUUAAUCGAUUAAUUGCUUUUGUUUGAUUUGCACAUGUAAACCGUUUAAUAUAUUCCAAUAUAUAUUCAGACAGAAACUCGGACUACAUUUCCCAAAAAACCAUGCGAAGUCCCGCCUUUAUGGGGUCAAUUCUGUUUUGUAACCCCACGUGGUGUAUUAUACGACCGCCUUUUGUGUGCCUGAAGCAUCAACUGCGUUCCUCAAGUGACGCUUUACUGCUGUAAGAUCGGUCUGAUUGUAGAGGGAACAAUGUAACGAUACACAUGCAUGCAAGAUGGACCUUGUAUUUGCCGAACGAAACAAAUGUGCACGCCUGUUCAAGGACAAAUAGAGAGGCCCGCCAAGCUGUACGUGCCUAUUUUCGGGGUUCAAGCAAGACAGAGCAGCUACCAGCAGAGGUGACUGCAAUAUGCACUAAAAGAAAAAGAGACGGAUCGAUUGAGUGGGAGAGGAGGGUGUUUUUAGAGCCAGCUCGGAGGAACACCAGUAACCUAUGGAUUGUGGGACUGAAAAUCUUAAGCAAAAAGACAUUGAAAAAGAAUAUGUGGACAAGGCUUCUGAUAAGGUGCAAAUGGAAACAUCAACGGUGAAAGCGGAUGCCAGAGAUGAAGAGCACAAAUAUGUCAAUGCCCAGAAAACAGCUGGACAGCUUGAGGUGAUCCAGUCGAAGGCUGACCCUCCAUCUUUACUACCUUCACAGAGAGAAACUACUGUACCUACAGCAAAACCUCAGUCCUCUCAACUCUCUCUGCAGUGUUAUGAAUGCCAUAUCACUUUUAGCGACUUCAAAAGCAAGGAGCGCCACAUGAAAAAACGACAUCCGGCUGAAUAUGAGGAAUAUAUGCUGGGUGACUCCCUUUUCAUUUGUUAUGUUUGUGACCGUGCUUUUGGCUCCUCCCGUGAACUCAUGGCUCACCAGCGUGGUCACACUGAGAAACACCCCUUUAAGUGCCCUGUGUGUGGGGACAGUUUUGGUCGUUCUUCAGAACUGACUGUACACAAGAGGUCGCAUUUUGGCCAGCUUGGCUAUGCUUGUACUGACUGUGGCAAACUUUGCAAAACACUAACUCUGUUGAAAUAUCAUCGACGUGUACACACUGGGGAGAGACCAUAUCAGUGUGGGAAAUGUGGGAAACGCUUCAGCCAGUCCUCUGGGUUGCAUCGUCAUGAGGUCACCCAUACUGAAGAAGAAAGCCAGGGUCAGUGUUGCGCCAAGGAUAUGGAAGAUGCCAAUGCUAAUGGAAGCCAAAGUGAAUCACUUCAGUGUUCUAAGUGUUUGAUCACUUUUAAUGAUGUGAAAACCAGCGAGCGCCAUAUGAGACAUAAACAUUUCAAAGAAUACAAGGAGCACAUCCAGCUAGACACUGUGCACACUUGUUACGCGUGCGAAAACUCUUUGCCCUCCUCGCCACAGCUCACUGAUCAUCAGUACACACCUGAGGAAGGUAAACUGUCUGUCACUGGACAGGAGAAACAUUCUUAUACUACACAUAGUCCAAGUAAUAGUGAGGCAGUGGUGCAAGAAGGAAUUGAAAAAACAGUUGGUGCAGAGGGUAAAGAAGAGUAUGGCACUGACCGAAUACAAGGGCUGACACUCCAAGGAGAUCAUGGUAAAAGUGAAAACACCCAUUUCUGCCAGCAGUGCCAAAUGAUAUUUAAAGACCUCAAGUCCAAGCAGAGACAUGUACGCCACAAGCAUACAUUACCAGACAAACAAGCAUCUUCUGGACAAACUGGCAGGCCUUCCAAGCGUAAGAAUCCUUCUUCUGGCACCCCAGGCAGACCAACACGGCGACUUUUUAGCUGCAAAAUAUGUGACGAUCAAUUUUCUAACCAAGCCAUGAUGCAUGAGCAUCAGAACAGAUUCCACAACACAGUGACAGCAAAGGUAACAACAAGUGAGGAGUUGGAAACCGACCUAGUACAGUUAAGACAGAAAGAGGAUGACCUAUUGCUUGAUCAGGAGCCAUCUUUGUUGGUUAAUGAAAAACGUGUUCCUGAACUGCAGCUACUCAGCCUGUCUCCCAGUUCUCAAGAAUAUCCCUUGAAACAUUCCUUAGAAGGAACAGAUGAAUGGGAACCAAGUGUCCAUGCGUUGGAGGAGCAUCCCAGGACUUCUCAAAGUCCUGUAACCAAGCAGGUAGCUGAGGACUUUCAAGAACUAGAUACUCCAGCUAACAAAAUAGCAGAGGAGGCACACACACAGUCAAGAGAGGGAGAGGAGGUAGCAGAAAUUGAUACGGAAAGGAUGUGGGUCAGUAGCUCUAAAGCUGAUGUUGCUGAUGGAGAUGUCAGUAAUGAUCAGCACCUAGAGAUGGACUUGUAUUUUACGUCAUCAAUUCCUCAGCAGUGUACUCAUGAAGAUAGUGAAGAAGCAUUACAAGCACAUACAAAGUCUCCUGUAAGAGGCUUGCAGUCACUUUUAGCAGAAAAUGAAAAGCAACUAUCAGCAAAGCAAAAACAGAUUUGUACUGCCCUCCAAAAAUCUGAUAAUGAUGAACAAGAGCACCAGCCAUCGUCCAUGAUAAAACAGGAGGAUUGUGUGGAAUUAGGAAAUUUUCUAAGUAGACCAGAUCUUCAGGAGCAGCAAAAAUCUUUCUCUGAAAAUGUAGCACCUAUGCAACAAGAGUCCCUCCCCCAGAGUCACUUUCAUAGCCCCGAAGAGAUCCAUAAACUGCCUGACAAGGAGAGACAGCUGGGUCCUGUCAAGGAAGAGCUAGAGCCACUCUUUAGUCCAGAGAUUCCAGUGGAAGCAGAUUCUACCACUGCAGGCCAGGACAGUAACUCAGGAAAUAAUGUGACAAAUAUACUGGAAGCUCUAGACAUGCGCAUAGUAAAGCAAGAACGGUCACUUCAGCAGAGCCCUGAUGUUGAUUUUGAAAGAGAACGACCAUGGGCAGAUUCCCAUAACCAGCACAACAGCAAUACAGAGUCUGGCCAUAGUGCUGCUCAAGAUGCAGAGCUCAUUUGGAUAAAACAGGAAAACUGCUCUGUGCUAGAUACCCACAGGGAUGCUGAAGUUCAGUCUGACCGUAGAUUUCAUAGGGAAGAAGAUGGUAGGAUAGUAGGAGGAAUGAGCUCCCAGGUUAAGGAUGAGCAAAUGUCAACAGAGCCACUAUCCAUGAUGAGUAAGCAGGGUGCCUUGAAUACAUUUUGUUCUCUCAACACUGACCUGCAGGCAACUAAAGGAAAUGUUCGUCGAGGAGAUGUGGACAGAAAUUUGGAAGUUGUUCAGGGAAUUCUGAUCGAGAGGGUAAAGCAAGAGGAACCUGAUGUGGAUCUACAAGAUGGGAGAACUAAUAUGUCACCUGCGGGUGAAGUACUACAUAGAGGGGGACAUCUAACAAUGGAAGAAGAAACUGAUGCAUCCAGAUGGGAGAUCGAACAAGAGUCUGCAAAUCCAACAGACCUAGUCCUUCAAGAAGAUAACCGGGUGAACCCGGAAUACAAUGCUGUUGCUGUUGACAUGUCUUACCUUUGUGGACAAUGCCACAUUGUCUUCAGAGACUUGAGAACCAAAGAGAGACACAUGCAUCACCGAUGUCACUUACAACCUCCUAGGGGUGAUGCAGACUCUGGAGCAGACUCUGAUCCUGGUGUGGCAUCUGGUUCAGACCAUGAUGGAGCUACUCUGAUGUGUCAGCAGUGUGGUGAUUCUUUCCCUGUUGCAGCAGGAUUUCCACAGGGCCAGCAGCUUUCUCCUGGCCAUACGUGGCCACAGCGUGGUUUUCAGCUUAGUGUGGGUGCAUGCUCCCAUGAUCAACCAGGAAACUGCCAGUCUCCAAUGGAAGUUGAUCAGGCAAUGGAACUUACAGGAGAAAGCUCGGCUCUUGGAGAGGAAGGCAGGAUCUUAGAAAAGGUGAAUGCCAGAGAUGAGCUGAUUGAAAAUGAAGAUGAUGAUGCUGCACAGCAGGAGCCCGAGUUCGAUGUACACAUGUGGGUUUAUAAGAAGAGACUCAGAUUAAACCAUUCUGAGAAGUUCCUGGACUUAAUUGCUCAAAGUUCUCACAGUGAAGUAUCUGAUUUACCAAGCUCUGAUUUUGAGGAUGAAGAAGCUAUUUUUGCAGCAUACCAUACAAAUGACCUCCUCUGUGAACCAGGAGAGGAGGAGGAGGAAGAGGAGGAGGAAGAGGACACUGGAAGUAAAGAUCCUCUUGGACAUACAUAUGUUAAGAGGCAAUUGCAGGAGGGCAGAAUACAGCUCUGGAAACGAGAGAACUUUCAGCCUUUAGAGAGUCUUCUUUUUGGGGAAGAUCCAGACAGUUACUGCAUUCAAGAAGCACCACUUGAGCCAUUUCAGUACUUCAGCAAGUACCUUGAUCGCUCCAUGUGGGAACUGAUAGCUCAGGGGACAAACCAGAAUAUUUUAUCUUCCAAUGAAAGCACCACGCCAGAAGAAGUAGCUGUCCUGAUUGGAAUGUUCAUUGCCAUGGGCACACUAAAGUUUCCUUCAGUGAAGCUCUACUGGAACGAGUCAACAAGAGUCCCUAUCAUUGCCAAUGCCAUGAGUUUUCAGCGCUUUGUUGAACUAGAAAAUGCACUACAAGUUACUGGAAAGCAAGCUGAAGGUACACAAGCUAACAGACUAUCGUCAGUUCAGCCCGUAUUAGAGAGACUUCGGCAGACUUGUCGCCAUUUACCACGUGAAAAGCAUAGCACCAUAUAUCUGAGAACUAUCCCAAUUUCUGGAUUUGUUCGCUGCAGGAAGCAAGCAAUGGAAAAAACACAUGGAUUGGACAGUGUUCUGCUCAUUGGUGCCAGUGGGAUGGUAUUGGACUUUGAGGUAUGUCCAACUCAAACAUCAGGAGAACUCAGUCUUGCGGAUUCAGUGGUGAUGAGGCUAGUGGAAACGAUACCAAGGACUGAGAGCUUCUUGAUUUUUUUAGAUGAUAAUUUUACAUCAAUAGAGUUAAUGGAUCGCUUGUGUCUAGAAGGAAUCCACACUGCAGGAAGGGUGGAAAUGGACAGUACGACAGAAAUAAGUCAAGACUCAAGGGAAGAAGUGGUACGCCAUGAUGGGAAAAUAGCCAUGGUGAAGUGGCAAAAAGCAUGUUUUUUAUCUACCUAUGUGGCAGGAGAACCAAUGUGUAAGGUGCACCAGUGGGACAAAUCCCGCAGACAGUGUGUGAUCCUACCACAGCCUUGUGUUGCACAUGAAUGGGAGACGUUCACUAAAAGUGUAGGGCUAAAUGAUUCAUUGAUUAAUUUAUACAGAAUUCCAGCAAGGAGGAGGAAGUGGACUUCUCAGCUGCUGCUUCAUUUUAUUGAUUUGGUUGUGGUAAAUGCUUGGCUUGAGUACUGUCGUGACUGUAAAGCAAGUAAGAUAAAGCCAGACUUAAGCCUUUUGGCGUUCAGAAUGUGCAUAUCAGAAUGUUUGAUCACCUGCAGAAAUAAGAAGAAAGAACCAGCGAACCCCACUGAUGAAACUUUAUGUGAUCAAGAAGGUGGAAGCAACAUGCAACCUCUACCUGAGCUGGCUCUGCGAUAUGAUGGCAGAGACCACUGGCCAGAGCAGCUUGACCAAUCUGAAGCAUCAUUCUGUCGGUAUGAACCAUGUCAAAGAAUGUCCAAUGUGAGGUGUAUGAAAUGUGGGGUUUUCCUUUGUAUUUCCAUGCUUUCAAACUGCUUUUUAAAAUUUCAUAACAAAUAGUUUUCAAAAAGGGAAAGCAGGUCAACCCACAUAAAAGUUACAUAAAAAUAAAACUCGGCAGUGUACAGUGACUAGUGACACAACACACUGCAAUAUGUGCCUCUACAUGUUGCGGAUUUUAGUUUCAAGAGGCUUUAGUCUGUACUUUAUUUAUAUAUAUGUUUUGUUUGUUUCUGUUACAGAAUGAGUUUAUUUUUCCCCAAUUAGGCUGAUUUAAUACCGAUAAAAAAUAAAUUAAUGGAUGCAAUGUGAAUUGGCCGUUUUAGAGCAUUGAUGUUCCUUUUGUUAAACAUGGAUUUCCAAGAAGUAUAGGCUUGGUAUACUGCUCAAAAAAUUAUAAGGGAACACUUAAAUCACACAUCAGAUCUUGAAGAACAAAAUAUUCAAAUGGAAAAUCUUUACUCAGUAAUAUUGUGUAAUUCGAUGAGAACAAAAUUAUAUAAAUGAUCAAUGGAAACCAAACUCACCAACCCAUUGAGGGCUGAUUCAACAUCACACAGAAAAUCGGAGUCAAAAAUUGAAAUCACAGGCUGAUCCAACUUGUGUGAAUUUCAUCACAGCAACUCAUAAUGUGACUCAGUAGUGUGUACGGCCCCCACAUGCCUGUAUGCACUACCGACAACAUCUGGGCAUGCUCUUGAUGAGACGGUGGGUGGUGUCCUCACAGACCUGCAUCAGUGAGUUCCUGGACAGUCUGUGGCGCUAUUUGGAAUCAUUGGAUGCACCGAUACAUAACAUCCCAGUGCUACUCAAUUGGAUUAAGGUCUGGGGAAUGUGCAGGCCAGUCAAUAGCAUCGAUGCCUUCAUUAUCCAGGAAUUGCCAGCAUACAGUGGCCAUGUGAGGCCGGGAAUUGUUCUGCACCGGGAGGAACCCAGGGCUCACUGCAUCAGUGUAAGGUCUGACAAUGGCUCCGAGGAUUUAAUUCCUGUACCUAACAGCAGUCAGGGUACCAUUGCCUAACACAUGGAGAUAUGUGCAACCCUCCAAGGCUAUGCCCCCCAGACCAUCACUGACCCCACCGCCAAACCAGUCAUGCUGGAUGUUGCAGGCUGCAUAACGUUCACCACAGCAUCUCCAGACUCUUUCUUGUCUGUCACAUGUGCUCAUUGUGAACCUGUUCUCAUCUGUGAAGAAAAUGGGGUGCCAGUGGUGAAGCUGCCAAUUGUGGUAUUCUCUGGCAAAUGCCAAUCGAGCUGCACAGUGAUGGGCUGUGAGCACAGGUCCCACAAGAGGAUGUUGGGCGCUCAUGCCACCCUCAUCACAUUUGUUUCUGACAAUUUGGUCAGAAACAUGCACACCAGUAGUCAGAAGGAGGUCAUUUUGUAGGGCUCUGGCAAUGUUCCUCCUUCCAGAAACGAGCGGAUACCAGUCCUACUGCUGGAUUGAUGCCUUUCUACGGCCCUGUCCAGCUCUCCUCAUGCAAUGGCCCAUCUCCUGGUAUCUCCUCCAUGCUCUUGAAACUGUGCUGGGAGACACAGCAAACCUUCUUGCAGCGCCAUGUGUGGAUGUGCCUUCCUGGGAGAGCAUAAUUACCUGAAACGGCUGCAGGUACUACCUUGUGCUACCAGUAGUGACAAGGGCACUAGCAAAACGCAAAACUAAAAAAGUAUUAGUCAGGAAAGAUAAGGAGAGAGCAAUUGUCUGUGGCCACCAGCUGCAAAACCAUUCCCCUUUUGGGGGUGGCCUUGCUGUUGCCUCUCCAUUGUACCUGUCAUCACUUUCAUUUCCACUGAAGCAGGUGAAGUUGAUUUACAAUCGCUUAUACUUCCUAACUGGACAGAUUUAUAUCCCAGGAGCUUCACUGACUUCAUGUUAGACUGUGAUGAUUAAGUGUUCCCUUCAUUAUUUUUUUUUUUUUUCGAGCACUGUAGUUAAAGCGACAGGCGUUAGUCCAACAAACUUCUCAUCUAUCAAAUUGCAACUUUGAAUCCCACUGAGUUCUGUCUUGCAGAGAUGUUUAAAAACAAACAAA